UGGUUGACGAUGACAGACUUAGCUGAGAGCAGCAAUAGUGCAAAUAGAGAUCAGUCCGUAAUUCAAGCAAGAGACGAGGGAGAGAGAUGUGAGAUAGAACUAAGUGGUGUGGGUAACCAAACUUUGAGCAGAAAUGAAACAAAUAAAGACGAAUUAUUAGCGUCCCUCAUAGAGAAAAAGCUUCCCCAGGAAUUUCCAGAAGCAGAUCCUACUUGCAUGUUCAUAGUCCCAAAUAAACUUGGCAGGGACAGUGAAAAUGCUUUUGUCCCACAAGUGGUUCCAAUCGGGCCGUAUCACCACGGAGGAAAAAAGUUCGAAGCCAUGGAACAAAUUAAGCUAUGGAAUUUGCAAUGCCUCCUUAAACGCGAACCAACUCCAGACACCAGUUUGGUGAAGUUUGUUAAAGAAAUUAGAAGCAGAGAAGAGUGUCUUCGUAACUGCUAUGACGUAAAGUUGGGUAAUCAUCUGAGUAGCGAUCAGUUUGUAGAAAUGAUGGUGGUCGAUGGUUGCUUUCUGUUAGAGUUUAUCCGCCGAAGUAAUCCGAUUUCCAGAUAUCGUGAUGUUCUCAGUAUGCCAGAGAUGUUGUCGAUGGUUAAAAACGACUUGUUCCUGCUUGAAAACCAGCUUCCGUGGAACGUUGUCGACUGUUUAUUCAACCUCACAACAACUUCAAAAGAGAAAUCUCUACAUUUUCUAACUUCGGUAUUAAUUGCUGAAGUUAUGCAUAAUCGGACGAUCCACAAGCACCCAAUUCAGACAUGGCAAUUCAGACAUUUACUUGACAAUGCAAGAGAUUUGCUUGUUGGAUCAUUUUCGAGGAAUAGGGACAGUCUUUAUAAACAUUGGACUCCUAUUCCCUCAGUGACACAUCUUGAGGAGAGUGGAGUCAAAUUUCAACCUGCAUCCUCUAAGACAGAGCUGUUGGGCGUAACCUUCGACUCGCAAAAUGGAGUGAUGGAAAUUCCACUCACGAGAAUUGGAGCCAACACAGAAUGUGUCUUGAGAAACCUCAUAGCCUACGAACGGUGUUCCAGGAAGCCCAAUUACAUUUUGUCUUAUGCCACGCUGCUGAAUCAGCUUAUCAAGUCUACCGAGGAUUUAGACUCUCUCUUUCAGAAAAAAAUUGUAGUAACCUACUUGAGCAAGGAGGACACUGUUUCUUUGUUCAAUAGGCUUUGCAAUGACACUACAUCCAUCCCGAUCGUUUACUCUCGACUCACCUUGGACGUGUAUCGCUAUAAUCGAGAUCGUUGGCUAAGGCGUUGGCUUGCAGGGAUCAAAAGGGAUUAUCUAUACAAUCCACAGUCAGUCAUGUCACUUUUCUCAAAUGCGGUAAUCCUUGCUCUCAUUCUUACUGCCCUACAGACCGUAUAUGGUAUUCUCGCCUACCACAAGCAGUCGUAACCUUCCACUUGAUCAAUGUUCGUUGGAGGAUAUAAAACUCAACAAGACUUGCGUGACUGCAGGCAAAUUUAUGAACUAAAGCAGUGCUGUAAUUGAUUGUGUGUGGCAGUCAUAGAGUUUGGAACUACCUUGCUAUUUCUUGUUUUCAACUUUUGGAUAAUUUAUAAAGCUAGUUGGAUUUUAUUUAUUUAUUUAUAUUUUUUAUCAUCAUUCAACAGUUUAUCAUGAAUAUAUUACCUGUUAUCUAUAUUGUGAUUUGCUCUAUACAUUUACUAAAUAAUCUCCGAUUGAAAUGAUUUUUUUUUUUUUUUUGUAGGAAAUCUUCAAAUGAAGAUUACGAAAUUGAACGAUUCUAAUUAUGAAAUUUUUUGCGGUCAAAGAUACGUUAUUCAAAAAAUAAAUGUGAUAGCAAUGAAUUCGAUGGUGGUGGUUUUGCUUAUGAAGCAAAGCCUGCAAAACCUAGAGGAAGUUUGGGAGAAAACUCUGCAUUCUCUACAUUCCAUUCGGCAGACUGAUUGUGUUUUUUCUUCAUAGUAAAUUUCUAAGCAUUAGACUCAAAGAUAAUGUAAAGAACAAAAAAAAUAAAAAUAAAAAAAUAAAAAAU